CGUACUACCACUAUGGAACAUAUAUUUCUGUGGGAACGGUAUUCACGUUACGGCCGUAUAUUAUAAUAUUUAAUAGUUAGGCCAUCACAUUAUUAUUUAUUAUCUUUGUUGCUACGGCUGUAGAAGAUGAAGAUUACGGGUAUCGGCCAUUAGUCCAUUACUUUACGACCGUGACGUCAGGCCGUGUCACCCGGUGUUGUUUAUACUGCCGCGCGCCACUGUAAUCUUCUCAGGCUGCAAUAUUUGCUGAUUUUGCAUCCAAAUACCACAACAGACAGUAAGUUUUCACGCGAACACGUCAUUUUAUCCGUUAUUGUUGUCUGAGAGUCUGUCAAACUCAUCUGCGACCGAUGGGCCACCCUCAAUCCCGUCCACGGGUAACAUGUUUGCCAGUUGUUCGACCCCGUGUGUGGGUGUCAUCGAAUGUAACCUAUCUUUUUAUGUUUUAGAAUAUUAUUUUUUGACCCCAAACGGCUGUUCUAUGCCGUGCCAUAUGUCGCGCGUAACCCUUUAAAUACAACCUAUUCUCAAUUUAGGCAAUUUGUUUCAAUUCUAGUGUCCAAAUGAUGAAGGGUUUCUUUACUAUAUUUUCGUUAUGGUUGUGUCUGACGUUUGCACACAAGUCCGGCGACGUCAAACACAAAUGGUGGAGUAUUCCUGAACCAGUAGCUACCGUCGGCAAGCUGUUCUAUUUCAAAAUUUCGCACGAUUCUGUUGUUGAUAAUACUGGCCCUAUUGACGUGAGUAUUUUGUACUUUUAAUAUUAUAUAUUAUGUAUGACUAAUACACUAGGGAUAAUAGGUAGGUAUGUAGUUAAUUAAUUGUAUAUGAUAUUACGUUAUAAAUUGAAUCAUGUUUGUGUCAUUUAUGCAAUCCAUACGUUGAUUUAUAUUACUAGUUCCUGAAUAAAUUAUGCAUAAUACAAAUAUAUAAUAUAUAAAUAAUACAAAUAAUUAAAUUAAUAAUUAUUCAUUGUUUAUUAGGCAUUGUUAUAUUUAUUCAUUUCGCUAUUAAAAACAGUAUUCAAUUUUUAAAAACAAAUUUAGGUUACAAUUAUUUGUAUGAGAUACAUGUUGUAUACCUAUAUUAUUUAUUAAUUUUUUUUUAAACUGGACAAAUAUAUCCUGGAAAAAACAUGAAAGAGGUGGGAGAAAUUCAAAAUAGAAUUUUGUGGCAGCUGUGAUACCUAAUUAAAUAAAAUCAUAAUGUUGAUUACCUAUUUAUUAUAAUAGUAAUGCUAAUGUAAAGAUUCAAAACAAAUGUUACAAACAGUUACUUAAAAUAUUUAAAAAAUACUCUUUUACUAAGACUAUAUGUUAAUAGUUAAGUUGGGUAACCAAUCUACCCAUCACAUGGUAAAUAUAUUUAGCCUUAUUAAUACCUAUUAAGUAUUUACUAAUAAAAUAGUAGAAUACUUUUCUGUAGGCAAUAUUAUUUUUUUUUAGUCUCUAGUAUAAUAUUUGAGAUUUUUUAUAUAACUAUAUUAGGAGAAUGCCACCUUGUAUGUAUUGUUUUGUCUUACAAAAGCAUAAAAGCAAAUAUCUUUUCAGAAGUUGUUGUUAGUUAAAUUUGUGUUACUUACAGGUGAGACGAUUAUAAUGUGCCCUACUGUUGAUUUUAUAUUUUGAUAUUUUAUUUUUUAAGUGAAAUAUUAGUAUGUGAAAUAUCACAAUUAAAAAUUUUUUAUAUCUUGCUUAAAAAAUAAUAGUAUUAAAAAAACCAGUGUAGUUGCAUAGAUAACGUUCUUACCUCUAAGUUUGAUAAUAAGUCCAUUCACUUUAUAAUUUACUUUAAUAUUAGUACAUAUGGGCGCUGGGUUUAGGUGGUUAUUAGACUAGUUAUAUAUAUGGUUGAAAGGAUGAUGCGAUGCUCGAAGGUUGUGUCACUGCUUUAAAGUAUCUUUCUUGUGCCUUUACAAUUUUUAAAAUUAAUUCAAAUUUAAAAUUAACAGCAUGUUUUUUUUUUUAACCAAAAACAAGUUAUCAAUGGUUAAUUUUUCCAAUUUCCUUGAAAAAAAAAAACCCAGAACACAAACAUUUUAAUUUUGAUAACUCAAAAUGUAUGGUUAUUAUUUAAACAUAAAAUUGUUACCCGGUAAUUAGCAUAUUUAUGUAUAUACUUAUAAAUUAAGUUUAUAUAAGUUUAUGGAUCUAUGUAUAUCAUUUUAUACCUUUUUGUAACAUAACAAACAGGAAUUAUCUGAUUUUGAAUGAAUUAAAUGAGUUAUUUCCUUGAUUACUUUUGGUUUCAUUGUAUAGUCUAGGGGUGGCAAACACUAUGUGUCAAAAAUUACCUUUUUUUUUUUUCGAACGUGCCAUGAAAAAUAUUUUGUUUUAUUCAAUAUUAUAAAAAAAAAUUAUCAUAAUUUGAUUGUAUAAUUUAGUAUAAAAAAAAAGGUUAGUUUAGGUACAUACAAUUAUAAUAAUAUUACUUUGUUAAUUAUUUAUUUUGAUGUGAUUUUUGUUGUUGAAUAUUUGAUGCCAAUUCGUUGAUAUUUGGUUUAUAAUUAGUAUCUUUUAAUAAAGUACAAGCGGCACUGCAUUCAUCAGUUAAUCGGUUUCUUAAAUCAGAUUUUAUAAAUUUCACUUCUGAAAAAAGUGACUCGCAUAAAUAAGUUAAAGAAAAAAUAGACAAAACAGUUACUAUUUUUAAAGCAGAAUAAUCUUUUGAAAUUUAAUUCCACAAUUUUAAAAUCUUGUUCCUUAUGAUUACAAUCAAUUUGCCUUUCGCCCUAUCACGCUGAAUUUCUUCUAAUUCAUUUCUCAGUAUAACAAAUUUUUCUUUUCAUUUGGUACUCGACUGAAAAUCUACAAGCUGCAUUUCAAAAUUAUCUAAAUUCAACCAUUCAAACACUUUUACGUUGAGUUUUUUUAAUGACAAUGUGUCUGGAUAAAUAAUAAUUUUCAUGGUUUCUUCAAAUUCUUUAAACUAAGUAAAACAUGUAGAGAACUCAUUGAUAGCUAUUUCAAUAAUAUUUAAAAAUUCUUGGAUAAGAUGAUUAAUAUCAUGUUUCUUGAAAAUUUCUAAUUCCGAAAUAAACUUUUUAAGGUUAGGAAAAUAUUUGAAAUUUUUGUUUAUUAUGUCAACGUUAAAUAUUCUUAAUUUUACCUGAAAUAUAAUAAUUGCACACGAAACACGCACGACGCACUUACAAAUUGACAGACGUAUUUGUACUGAUUAGUGUUUGCUGAGGUAGGUUAAUUACUCACAAUAAACAUAGAUAAUAUACUAAAUGCAAUACUAUAUAUUAUAUAUUAAUAUUUUAUCUACAGAUAAAAUUGAAUAAUCAUUAUUGACCAAUAAAAGCUGUAUACUCAAAUUUUUUUACCUAUUAUAAUAUUAUAUAAUAUAUAUUAUAGUAAAAAUAUUUUAAUUUUUCGCUUACCAUGGAUUUGCCAUCCCUAUAUAGUCUAUUCAACUUAAGAGUAUACCAGUUUCACAGAUACACAUUGGAUAAGGUGGUGAGUGGAUGAAGCAAUAUCAAUACCGAGAGUAGAAACUCAUGCGUGAAAACGGACAUGUUUUCAUCCGCCACCCGGUAUAUUCUCAAGUUGAAUGAAGUAUAGUAUUUAUUAUUAACAAUUACCUUUUUUUUAUACUUGUGCAAAUGUUUUUAGCUGUUUUUAUUUUUAUAUUUAUUAAUAUUUUUUCUAGUUUUACCAGAAUGCUACUUAAGUCCAUAAUGCUUUAGAAUUGUAAUAAAUAAUAAGAACCUAAAAAUAAUAACUUAGCACAAUGUUAUUUUUCCAAUGAAUUGUAUUUUGUACUAAUACUAUGGAGAAGUAUUAGUAAUAAUAAUAUUAUUAUUCAAAAAAAAUGUGAUGUUGAAACCUGCUCGAUUGGUCAAUAAUUAAUAUUAGAAUGUUAAUAUUAAACAUACAUGUAAUUAAUAUUGUAUAGUUUAAUAAUUGAUUAAAUAUUUUAAAUAUUCAGUUUUAAAAUAACUGUUUAAAUAUGUCCUUGAACACAAAUAAUGUUUAUCCUUCAUAUAAAACUAUUUUUUAUUUCAUAUUAUGUAAUAUAAUUUUAUUGUAUUUAGAUAAUUAAUGUUUAAUAUUUUAUUGUAAUAAGUGCAGUUUUAUAAGAUAAGGCCGGGAAUCUGAGCUAUUUCAAUAACGUAACAAGUAUAACUUUGAUUUUUGAGAUUAGGGUGAAAAAAAAUAAUAAUCAUCAUUCUAAAUUCUCAAAUUACCAACAACGAACAUCAAUAAAGCCCGGUUUACACGAUCAAAUAUUUUAGAAACAUCUCUAAAAUAUUUGACAGUUUAAUCAAAUAUUGGAUUAUUAAAUUGAUAACUAAUUUUAUCAUUGUCUAUAUAUUAUAAUUUAAUCAUUUUAUUAUCUAUUCAGAAUUUUAGAUAAAAUGAAAUUAGUAUUCAAUGACACUGAAGAGAGUAAAAGUAUGUAUUGCUAGACUGAAAGUCUGGAUUGAAAGUUAAAGUAGGUACUAAAGUACUUAUAUAAUUACCUACUUAUUUACUUAAAUUUUAACCUUGAACAUUUGUUUUUGAACAAUUUCCUUAGUUGCCAUAAUUUGUAUAGUUUUAUUAAUUUUUCACCUUCGUAACUCAUGUUGUAGCUCUAAAGUAAGAAUAUCCUAAUGAUUUAGUACCAUGAUAUUGAUGAAAUUUAACUGCAUUGUGUUUACGAUCGUACGUAUAGAUAUGAUUAGUACCUAUACUACCAUUGAGCAUAAAACAAUAAUCAAUGUUACUAUAAAUGCUACCUAUGAUAAUUAUUGUACAAAUUAAAUUUGCAAAUGUUAUAUUUGACCAAUCAUUGCAAAAUUUUAGAUAUGGAUAGUAUGAUAAAAUAUUUGAUUGUGUGAACCGGGCUUAACAUAAAUAUUAAACAUAUACAAAAAGUUGGGAAGGUUGAAUAAACCUGUGUGAGAAAAGGGAUGUUCGUAAUCUUUGUCAUAAGUUUUUUACUUACCGAUAAAACAACAUUUGCUUUUUGAUCUUUUUUUUUAUUUAUCUCUAUAUUUUCAAGUUUAAAAUGUUUUUCACCUAAAACAAUGUUGUUUUUAGUUUAAUAUCUAGGUUAUUUCGCCACUGACCUUUGAGAUUUUCAUUUUUCAAACACCAAAAAUUUACAAUUUUUAUGACAACCAAAAGAACAAAAUAAGGUAUAUUAUUACAACCAAAUGAUACUACAUAAAAAAAAAUUUAAAAAUAUAUUUAUUGUGAGUGAAUUUUUAAUUUAUCGAUAUCAGUUGCAUAAAUAGAUAAAAAUCACCCUGUAUUAUAUCAGUCUUAGUAAAAGUGUGAUAAAACAUUAUUUAACUAUACAUUUUAGUUUUAUUAUUUGCAUAUCUAUGUUUAUUUUUAAUUACUAUUCAGUAUUUUAUAAUUAUACAUUUUUGUUAGGAAGUCAAUCAUCAAAGGAGAAAUAUUCAUAAUAGAUCUCCAAAAAAAAGUUUGACCAUUCUGGGGGUAUAGUAUAUUCAUGUAUUUUAGAUUCUGAAUGGAGCAAAAAAGCUUAUGGUUCUACAAUGAUGUUUUUAUUUUUCUGUGAACUAAUUUUUUACGAAGAACAUUAGCUCCAAUUUACAAUGAUAGCACUUUUUCUGAAAAGAAAUCUGGCUGGGGAGGUAAUUUAGGGGGGUCAUUUUUUGAUUUUUCCAGGAGUUUUCACAAUAAAUGGGAAAAAUUGAGAAAAUAAGUAGAUUAUUAAAGAAAAAAUAUAAUGUAUAUAUUUUACCAUAAUAUGACAUAUUGUUGCCUAAGCAACACUAUCAACUGAACUAUUAUUACAGGACAGCCUUUUUUUUUUUUUUUACAAAUUAUGACUUAUAUUUUUAAAUGAUUGUAUUAUAAUUAUAUAUUUAUGUAUCAAUUGUGUUGUUUUUACAAACAUUAAAUGUACAUUUUAUGAAGGUUUGUUUUUUAUGUAUAUAUUUUAUACAAAACAUGAAGUUUACAAAUAUAUAUAUAUAUAUAUAAAUUAAAUUGUAACUUAAGUAAAAUAAAAUAAUACAAAUUUGAAAAAAAAAUAUGUAUAAAUAAUUACGUUUAAAAAAUUAUUUUAAGUGUUUAAAACAACUUUUUAAACACAUUCAUUUAAUGAUUUUUAAAAGUGAAUUAAAAAAUUUGUCUAAAAAUUUACUUUGUAAUUUAUUUCAUCCUAUUUGUUUUUUUGGCAAGAUUUUGUCCGACAGUAUUCUGUGGAUCACUAAUUUAUUUUGAAUAAUGUUCAUAAAUGAUAAAAACAUAAUAUAAUCAAAUAUUAUUUUUAUUACUAGAGAUUGGAUGUUUAUGACUAGAUUUUUUUUAGAUUUUUUAGCAAAAUCAAAAUUAUACCUUAAUAUGAUAUAAAUUUGAUUCAUGAAGUCUAGAUUUCAAAUAUACAAACUUAUUUUACAUAUAUUUGCAUAUUUGACAUUUUCGAGCAUAUAGAUGCUUAUAUUAUUUCCAGAUUUAGUAGCAUAUUUUAAACAGUUUUAAAUAUAAUAUUAAAAAUUUGUAUGGUAAAUAUUAACCAAACAAAGUUUUUUAACCUAUGUAAAUUGUAAUUUUUUAGUUAUUUUACUUUGAAUUAAAUUAACCCAGUUUUUUUGGAAAACUUUAUAAUUUUUUAAAAAAUUGAUAUAUUUAAUGAAUGCACAAUUAUGUAUAUUUAUAUAUAUAUAUAUAUAUAUAUAUAUAUAUAAUUUAUUUUAAAUUAAUAUUAACACCAUUUUUUGUUUUUAUUUGUUGAAAAAUAGGUAUAAUAAAUAAAUAUAUAAAUAAAAUGAACGAAUGAUAUACCUGAUGAUGAGUUUUUAAAUAAUAAGUGUUUAUAAUACACUUAUCAUAAUAGUACUCAUUAAUUAAUUUAUUUUUAUUUUUAUGUAUUCAUUUUUAUAUUUAUUUACGAGUAUUACUCAUUUUAAUAAUUUUGUUCUUAUUUUAUUAUGAAAAAUUAGUAUAUUUGAUACAUUAUAAGGCAUAUAAUUGUAAUAUAGGAAUAUAUUACUUUAUUUCACUUUAUAAUUGUAAUUUUUAAUUUAAAUAUUACAAAUAUACUAUGCACAUAUCUAUUGUAUUAAUUUUGAAAACAUUAUUAUUUUUUAUUAAUUAACCUAAUCACUAUUUAUUAGAUAAAAUUAUAAUGAAACAAUUGAAACAUAAUCAAUUUAAUAUUUUAUUUUACUUUGUUUAGUUUGUGGGCCAAGAUGGUGGUGGGCUUCCAAGCUGGUUGGUUCAAUCACUUCCAGGUAUAGGUGAGCUUGAAGGCAUACCUGGACCUGAAGAUGUCCGUGAUCGUCUAUUGGUACGAGCAGGAGACAAAAGUCGAAGAUUGCCAAUUUCUAAUGUUGCCUAUAUUAGAGUAGCACCAUUAAAAUGGAAAAAUGUUCGAAAUAAUGUUUGUAUUAUCUUAUUUUUAUUUUGGCAUACUAUAAAUAUUAUUGUAGUAAAUAAUACGAUUUUUUAGAAAAAGUGCGGAAGUAAUCAAGAUUCUAUUUUACUUUGCCUUGUUAUUGGUAUGAAUUUUAAGAGCAUUCAACCAUUACAGAGGUUGAUUGCACUGAAAAAUUUGGCAGGAUUUUUAAAUCUUCCUCAGGUAAUAGUAAAUUUGUUUAGAAUUUUAGUUCAUAUUUAAAAAAAAAAUUAUUUUCAGGAUGCUGUACUAUUAGUGCCUCAAGAAAGUGUAUCUUCCUGGUUAAUAGAUUUUCUAAAAUCAUCUGAGAGACAGUCUCAUAAAAACCAUCAAUUCAAUGACACAUCUUUUGUCUUAUGGGAGGUAUAAAAUGAUAAUUAAAUAUAAUCAAAUUUUUUUGUUACAAAACUGAAAAAUUAAUACUUUGUAGGUUGGAUGUGGAGGUGAUAUUUGGCCAGAACAUAUGGAUCAUGUACGUCAAAUGCAGAGUAAUGCAGUUGAUGGAACAUUAUCUGAAGUACUACAAUUACCAGUUACUAGUUGGAGAUUAGUAAAUUCAUUAAACCCUUUACGAGGCCGUCGUCAAGUAAAAUUACUAUUAUUAUUUUUAGUCAAUAUGAGAUUAUAAGAUCAAAAAUGUUUAGCUAACUGGUGCAAAAUAUGACAAAUCUUCUUCAACAAAUUCUGAAUCUGAUGAUACCAAAAACACUAUUAAAGAUAAUGAAUCUGAUGAUGAUGUUGAUGAUGAUGAAGAAAUUAUUCCAGAUACAAGACAAACACUUGUUGAACCAUCUCCAGUAUUUAUUUUCGAUCAAUAUGCUACUGAUCGUCUUCAUAGACAUCAUCGUAGGGAUGAAUCAAUAUUGGUUAUUCCAAAAGACAUUAUGAUUAACACUGAGCCUGUUCAAGUAAAUAAUUUAACUAAUAAUAUAAUAUAUUUUCUCGAUUUUUGGAUUUAAUUGAAAUAUCUUUGCAAUAUUCAUAGAGUACAAAUUUAUCUCCAACAUUCGAUUCAAAUGGAGUUAUUGGGUCUUAUGAAAAUAUUCAACCAACCCCUAUAUUUUUUGAGCCUAAGUCUUCCAUUCUUUCAAAUCACGAUUUGGGUGUAUGUUUUAUCAGUUAAUUGUUAGGUACUUUUAUUUAACUAUUAAAUAUUAAUAUUUUAUUCAUAGCAAUCAGUAGAUAUGAGUCCAAUAACCCUACCUGGUGAAAAUAUAUCUACCUAUGAUGAAUCAGUUACUUUAGAGACUGAAAAAUUAAAAGAUAUUACUGAGGUUUCUAUUAGUACUUCAAUUGUGUCUUCAAUAAAUGGUAUAAAUCCUAACAUGCCACCAAUUAUUAAACAAAAGCUACCUAAACUUCCCAUUACAGCUGGAAAACCUUUAAGGUAAAAUAUUUGCAGAAAUAAAUAUUAAAAAAUAUUUUACACAUUCAAAACUAUUAAUAUUAUUAUAUUAAUAGGUAUCCUAUUCCAAACAAUGUGUUCUAUGAUCCUGAAGAUGGAGAUGUUAAACACUUAACAUUGACAAUGUUAAACACAGAUCCAUCACUUUUAUCAUGGGUUGAAUUUGAUGCAGAAAAACAAAUUUUACUUGCUUUGUACGUAAUAAAUAUAUUUAAAGUCAUUAUAAUAUUUUUUCUUAAAUUUAUAUUUUAUUUUAAUAGACCAUUAGAGGACCAUGUAUCAAAAUGGGAAGUAGUAUUUGAAGCAAAAGAUUCUGGAAAACUAACUGUAAACAAUACAUUAGAAUUAGUUGUCCAGCAAUUGCAUCAUUUAAGAGCUAUUAAUCACCAGUUGACAUUGCAAAUGCGCUUAAAGCCAGACUCAUUAGCAUGGACUCGGCCAGUUAAUUGGAGCUUAGAUAUCAUUGAUAAAAUAAGUGCUAUUUACGAGACUAAUAUUAAAGAUAUUACAGUCUUAGACUGGCCUAGAACCUCUAUGUUGGCAACGAAUAAGGAUAGACCAAGUAUUCUAUUUACCUGGACUAACGAUACAUUACCUCGCGAUAUCUGUCCUAAAGAACAAAUAAUGUCAAUUUUAGAAGUAUGUUGGACAUGUUAUUUUUCUUAUAACCUCUAAUAAAAUAAUAAUUUAUUUGUGUAUAGGUUUUAAAACCUGAAAAGAGUAGUAAAAUGAAAUCUACAAAAUUGUUUGGUUCUUCAGUUGUUUUGGAAGAUUUUAGUUGGCAAGGAUUAGGAAAUUGUGCUUCAACACUUCCACGUCCUAAUCAGAACAACUUCACGCCUGUGCUACGCAAUCCAGUUGAUCUUAUUAAUGCCACUUAUGGACAACUAUUAACUUAUGUAGUACCAGAGGUAAAUAACUUAUUUUUGGUUUUGAUAAGUAUAACUAAAUAAACCAAUGAAAUUAGAUUGUGUACAUAAUUUACUUAUUAUUUGAAUUUGCAUAAUAUACCUACAUUUAAUAUAUAAAUAUUUUAGGAUACAUUUUAUGAUCCGGAAGAUGGUUCUUCGCGUAGACUAAAACUAUCUUUGAUGACAAUUGAUCGUACACAAGUUCCAACUAACAGCUGGUUACAAUUUGAUGCUAAAAAUCAAGAAUUUUAUGGAAUUCCCUUGUGGGGUGAUAAAAACUUUUCAGAAUACCAACUUGUAAGUUUUAUUAUUUUUCAAAAAUUGAUUUAUCUUGUUAAAUUAUUUUCUGUAAUUUAGAUUUGUACUGAUAAAGGAGGUAACUCAUAUCAUGAUAGUUUAGUAGUAACUAUUCAUAAUUCAACUAAACCAUUACCGUCAGCUGAAUUUGAUAUAAUAUUUAAAACUCCAGAAUUUAAAGAAUUUAAUAAUUCUGCCAAAUUAAAAAAAACUUUUAUUGAAAGAGUGGCCAAACUUUUUAAAGAUGAAAAUACAUCUAAUAUUGUUGUUCUUGGAAUUGGUUCAGUAAAUGGUAUGACAAUGGUGACAUGGUACAAUAAAACAUUGGAAAUUGAUCGAUGUGAUGAAGAUAAAAUUCUUCACUUGAGACAAGUAUGUGUUAUUUAACAUUGGUAUAGUUGCAUGUAAAUCUUAAAUUUUAAUUAUUAUCUGAAAAUAAUGAAACCAUUAAAACAGUAAAAAUUACUGUAUGGCCCAUUUCCUUUUUUUUUUUUUUUUACCUUUUUUUUUCAGUUUUCCCUAUUAUGAAAACUGGUUAGACAAUUAAUACAAUUUACUACUAACCAACAUUAAAUGCAUCAAAAAGUAUCUUUUGUCGUUUUUUCGAUUGCUGGUUUAUAACAUAAACCAUACAAAUUAUAAAUAAUGACAUGGGUAAUAUCCACAUUGUAUCGUAAAUAUUUGUCUGAUAAAAGAUUUGUACAGUUUUUCCAAUUAUUAAAAUCAAAAAAUUACCUUAUGUGCCAACUAGAUCUAAAAUGAAACAAAAAAAAGUCUCUUGGUUAUUUUUUGAUCAGAGAUUUGUGGUAGAAAAUUGGUGUUUAUUUAGUUUUUUUUUUGCUUCUACCUGAGCUCUUCAGCUUUCUUGACCUCUGCGUCCUUAUUACUCUUUCCAUUUAUUAAUCUUUUAGUCGUCUUUUACUCAGUCCAAUCUAUAGACAUAGAAAAUGUAUUGUACUCAUUUUGUGUAUAACACCUUGAUACAAUCAUAUUAUGUGCGAGAGAGACUCAUAGUUGACUUUUGACUUUUUCAAGGAGUUCAUAAACAAUUUAUAGAAUACUCUUUGUGUUUACUUUAAUUUACAAUAGUAUUUUGACAUAGAUAAUAAAGAUUAUAUUUAUACUUGAUUGUUAACCAUGAUUGGCGAUUAGAUUUAUGAAUACUAGAGAAAAAGGACCCUGAACACAGGUGUCUGGAGUGAAAAAAUGUGGUCCAAAAACAUGAAUAAAAUAUUAAAUACAUAAAUAAGUUUAUGAAUAGAGAAAUAAGUAAAUAAAAAAAAAUAACAAAUAAAUAAAUAAGUAGUAGAUAUAAAUAUAAAUCGGAAUAAGUAUAAGUAUGUUAACGACAAGUAAAUAAAUAACAAAAUAACAUAGCAACAUAACAGGAUAGCUACAGUUAUAUCUAAUGUUUAAAGUAAUGACAAUUUCCAAAUGAAAUAUUACUCGGAUAAUUAUAUAAAGGCAGGCGUCUUCACAAACGUAUCUCCAGAUUAUUUAUCCAUGUUACUGCAUUCUCUUCGGCUUUGUGCAGUCUUGUUUUACCCCCGUUGAACUUAGUAUUAGGACACUCUUCAAUGAUGUGUUGUAUUGUUUGUUCGGCUCCUCGCGAACAUAAAGGAGAAUGUCCCAUUUGUGUAGGAGACUUUUACUUCUACUCUGAUUAGACCUAGCUUUAUUUAAAUCUGUCCACAUGUGUCAGAGCAGAUUGGUCUAUAGUUGCUGGCGUCAUUUGCUGUCUUCCUCGGUUUUAAAAUGGCUAUCACUUUAGCCUCUUCAUAAUUUUAAGAAGACUCCGGAAUUUGCAAUAUUUGUUGUUAAUUUAGCUAACCGAUUUCUCCCUUUGACCCCUAGGUUAUUUAGAAAUUCUAGUAGGAUGCCAUCCGCUUCAGCAGCUUUGCCGUUUUUAACAGCUUUUAAGGUUAUGUCAACUUAGAUCUUAGUAAAAGUAUCAACUAGUGGCGGCGAGUCCUUGCACAAGGAGAGUUCAUUAACAAGUAGUUUCCUUAUUUCGAACUUUUCUUGUUCUUUCUGUUUGACGUUUAAUACUUUAUCUAACUUUUUCUAUUUGAUUUCGAAAAGUCCAGACUUUACUGCAUUAAUCCAUCUUUUCUUCUCUCCUUAUCAAGUAAGUUUGUUAGUCUUUUAGCCGAGAUUUCAUUCCUGUUUUCCUAAUAUCCUCUGAGAACCUCUUCGCCUCCUUUGUUUCAGCAUGAAAUAUAAUUAUGUACGUGUCCUCUAGGUAUGGACUUUCGAUGCUGCCGUCUUGAGGAGCUUAAUCAAUCUGAUGUAAUUUUCUGGAACUGGCUCUAUUCGAUUGAUGUUAUCCUCUAUAUAUUUGGAAAAUCCCAGUUCUCCUUACGCAAGUUCCAUGUAGGCAGUUCUGGUUUAUUGUUCCUAGUUAGGUUUAUUCCCACUUCUACUAAAGUUGGAUACUGUUGACUUUUGGGGAACUUAUUCAAUAUUGUACGUCUUGUAAGGGUUGGUCUAACUCACUUUUUGUAACGAAGCAUAGGUCUGGGGACGUAGUAGUACCCCAUAUGCCUGAGUUGAAGGUUCUGCCUUGUUUAGCAUCUUAUAUCAGAAAAGUAUGAUUAAUAUUAGCCCAGUUGACAAGUUUCUCACCAUUUUCAUCUUCUUCGUUGUAUCUCCAUUCAGUACUGUGGCUAUUGAUAUCUCCUAUGAAAAUUCCCGAAUGUUGACAAGACGAAAGCACGGAGUCGCACCACUUGCUUGAAGGUGGUUUGUACACAUUAUACAUCGUGAUAUUCCCAAUGCUUAUUCCGAAAGAAUACUGGUUUCCUUUCGUUCUUUUAAUUAGCUGUUGGUCUAUUUGUUGAUUUACAUAAAUUGCUAUUCCAUGUUUGUUUGACCUAUAUAGUCCAUUAAACGGAAACCAGGUAUCAAUAGUCGUUUUGAUUCACCUUCAGGAAUGUGUGUUUCCUGUAUAGUCAAUACGUCCGCCCCUUGGAAUAUUUUCCCCAUGAUUUCUGACUUAGGUCUGGUAAGUUCUUCCACGUUUAAUUGCACGAUUCUAAUAUUAUUAAGUCUCUACGAUUCCCUUUGUUGCUAUUUGUUUGAUCAUUAGUUUUGUUUAUUUUGUCUUCAUUAUGCUUAAGUUUGUUUUUAUUUUUAUUUUGUACUUUGUAUUUUUGAACAAGUCUGCGUAUGGUCUGCAGUUUUUAUUGGAAAGGUAGCCCUUAAAAGGGCUCUUUUCGCCGAUAUAUCCAGAAGGUCCUAGGACGUUUGGCUGUCGGGUUAAUGCUGUUUCGUUUCGUGCUUCCUUCAUACAAUCUGAGUGUUCACUUCGAUCGUUUGAAUAUAGGAGCACUACUUACAGGGGAGACCUCUGGAAGGUACAGCAUCUCCUCCUCCGACAAUUACUAUAAAACGGGUUUUUUAAGACCAAAUUGUCUUCGAUCGAAUGGAUGUGUUUCCAAGAAUAUACAACUUCUAGGUUUAGAGAUUAAUUUUUUUUUUUUUAGAAAAUACUUCUUUUUAUUGCUCGUCGGUUGGAUUUAAGAAAAAAAAAAAAAAACUACAAUUUUUAUAAAAAUCUGGCACUAAAAUUGGAAAUAUGACAUUUCCUAUGGUUAGGUAUUGGCCCAUGACACUAGAUAAACACUAAUUUUUCAUAAAUUAUAAUACUACUGUAUUAUACCUCGGUAUAUUGAGAACCUCGGUAUUUCAAAGUCUCAAGGAACCAAAAAAAAAAAAUCGACUUAUCGAAACUUCGAGUUACCAAAAGAAUUACACCCCAUACUAAAUAAUUGGGAUUGAAAAAAAAUUUGACAUGCAGAAAUUACGAGAUACUGGAGUUCGAGAGGUUUCACUAUACAUAGAGCUACCUAUCUUAUACAGAGGGCUAACUUCGUACAAAAUUAUAUACACUGGCUAAUUUGUGUUUUAUUGGAUUUGUUGUGCAAAAUCUCUUUUUUAACGAACAUUUAAUAAAUAAAAAGAUUAUAAAUUAUAUACAUUCAUCAGUGUUAUAUUUUUAAAAUUUAUAAUUUGAAAAACGAAAAACAAGUUUAAAAAAAUUGAUGUGUUAAUUGGAUUUCACCGCAGAACCCACUCGUAACUCACUCUACCCACCUUAUAAAAACUGCGCUACACAUGAAAUACAUUGAAAUUGUAUCAAAUUACUUGUACCAAACUAUUGAAUAACUGAAAUUUAAAAUCCAAAUUGCUCAAAAACUAAUAAUUUGCUGAAAUUUAUUUUGGCACCAUCAUUUUUAAAAUUUUAUUUACCUCCGUUUUAAAAAAAAAUUAUGAUUUGAUUUGAAACACCUCCAAAACUAUAAAUCAGGUAUUAUGUUUACCCUUGACUGGUAUCGUCAGGUCAUAAAGACCCGUGAUAUUUUGUUUUUAACUUUUUUUCAAUAGAUCCCACUUUUUUCACUAUAGAAUGCAUUGUAAUUUAUCAGUUAUCACAAUGCACAAAACUACAUAUUACGUCUUUCGUUAUCAACAAUUAUUACGUGUUUCGUAUAAAAAGAGUUACAGCUUUCAUAGGUCAUAAUAGACCUGAAGAUCCUAGUUAUGUAAAUUUUUUUAUAUUUUUGACAUCACGAAAAUAAUAAUUAUUUUGAGACGAAUAUUUUCGGACUUCAUUACGUGUUGGUAUUUAAACCUGGAAGGGGUGCCGAUAACGAUGACGAACGAUAAUAUUGAGUUAUGUCAUAAUAUUCUGAUUAUUAGUUGCGUUUACUGAGUGCGGAGAAUGACAACAAAUUGCGUAAUCAGAUUUUAUUUUUAUGUUUAAAUAUUUAAAUUUCAUUAAUUAAGUGUUUAAUAUUUGAGUAAUUAAAAUAUAUUUCAUACAAUAAAGUUAAGUCUUAAAUAAUAACCUAAUACCUAAGCUUUUAAAUUUGUAGUUGUUAAAUAUAAAAAAAAAAAACGUCCCGAAAGUGUAAUAAGUGUUUUUUUUUAAUUUUUUAGAAAUAAAUGUUUCAAGAUCUAAAUUGUAUUUUAUUUUGUUGUUAUUGUAUCUAAACUUAAUUAAAAACCAAUGGAUAAUUCAAAUUUAAAUGUAUAUAUUUUUAUUAAAUAAUUUAUUCAAAUAUUUAUAAAUCAUGUAAAAUUGUAAAAUAAAAAAAAAUUAGUUUUAAAAAAGUAUAUCAAAUACAUUUAAUUAAAAUAUUAUCGAUCUCUGUCCACCAGUCGUUUUUCACUUGGAUUAUUAAUAAGUACUCACAUAAUCUAUUGUCUGUAUUCGAUACAUGACAAGCCUAACCUAACAUUUUCGACCUUGGAAAAUCUUGAAAAUUGGGUACGUUAUAUAGUAUGGGUCUAACUUUUUCUCUGCUUGUAUACACCAUUAUUAGAGUUUAAUAAAGGUCCAUAUAUUUGUCAAAACAUUUUUCUCACAGAAGUCAACAGCUUAUCACAAUUUAGCUCUUAUCAUACUGCUUUUUAUGAAAAUGGGAUGUAAGUAAGCAAUGUAUAAUUUUUCUUGGUGUCUUUUGAAAGGAGUUUCGAUAUGAGCAUUUUGCUCUUUGCAUGGUAACCUUGAUUUGUUACCUUGUAUAUUAUGUUUAUGGUUUAUAUUAGCUACUAAAUAUUUAACACUCUCGGCUUGUUCAAAAGAGAAAUAAUCAAAUGUUAUAAUGGUACUAGGCACCUUAUACUUAAUUUUAUUUUCUUUGUGAUAUUAAAGUAGUUUAUAGACAAAAAAGAAACUUUAUGGUAAAAUCUAUACAUUCCGCGCUAGACUCGGAAUGUAAAAAUAGAAACAGGAUGAAAUAGAAAAAAUUUUCCUCGAUUUGAAAUGAUCACUAUGGUGCUCUGCUUUGAAGGUGCUGCUGAAAUGUGAUAAAAAUGUAGUGAACUGAUAUUUGAUUCAUUUGAUUCUAUGAGUCCUAGACUACUAUUAAAUUUCUAUUGCAUCUUAAAGGAUGAAAACUCUAGGCGCAAAUAGUGUUUGACAUUUUGGGGGAGGAUGACUUUUUUUGCCCUUGUGUUGUUCUUUACACCUUAUGAUAAUAAUUCCAAUGUACUAUGUGGUGAAAUCGUUAAUUUUUGGGCAGGAACUAUAACCAUUAUAUGGGAGCUAAGCUCCUAGCACCACCCUCGAUUUGUACCUAUGCCGAGGCAUAGGCAAAACCAUAAGAGGACCAUGAGCAUUUCAUCUUGUUUUGUUGUUUUUAUUUUACUUUUUACACUAUCUGAUAUUUUUAUUUAUUUCAAUAGUUAUUAAUGAUAACUUUAAAAAAGCUUUAUGAUUUUUACAUAAUAUUCUAUGAUUCAUUGUUUAAAUUAUUGUCUUGACGUUUUCAGAUUUUAUUAAAUGAAGAAGAAAAAUUAACAGUAAAUGUGACAAAAAUUAUGAGUCCUCAAUUUAAUAUAAUUGGAGCUCAUGUCACACCUACUGGUAUGUGUGAAGGAGGACUUACCGAAGUACGGCCACCAAAAAAUCCCAACAGUGUUGCACCACACGAUGACAAUAUUUCUCAUCUAUUUGAUAAAUCUAACGAGUAUUUUUCAGCAUACAUUAUUCCAGCCAUCAUAAUUUUAAUCAUGAUACUGAUUGCUGGAUUAUUAGCUUGUUUAUUGUAUCGACGAAGACCAUCAUCUAAAUUAAGGAUCGGGGAAGAUGAAAGACAGAGUUUUCGAAGUCGUGGUAUUCCAGUUAUAUUUCAAGUAAGAAUCAGUAGUAUAAUAAUAAGUUACUCCUCAUUUAGAAAAGUAGAUCCAAAUUCACACCAUACAUUACUAGUAGUAAUUUUUCAAAUUGUUUAAAAAUGACUACCUGCCUUUAUUAAUUUUAAAUAGAGCUAAUUCUGCUAAUAGCAUGCCACUGCUGUAUGUGAGAACUUGAGAAGGUAGAAUACUUAUAGAAAUUAAUUUAAUUUAUAUCUAUAUGCAAAAAUGAUUCUAAGCUAAGUUCAAUUGAAAAUGUUUUAGAAAGGUUUUCAUAAAAAAACCUACUACAUUGCACUGAACUUUUGUUUUACUACUUUACAAUUAUCCAUAAAAAAUAAAAUAAAAAAAUAAACUUAUAUUAUUAGCCUGUCACCACAAUGUUUUAGUAUUCUUUAAAAUUUUUUGGCUAAAUUUUAACAGUGAUCAAAAAAAAAUUAUAGUAAUUCAAAACUUUUAUAUUAAAUUUUGACAAAAAUUGUAAAUAUUGCGAUCUUUUAAAACAUUUUACCGAACUCUGCUCAGAAUUGUUUUUUGUUUUUCACAAUGUUUAAUGGUACAGAUAUAUAUUAAAUUCCCCUUCUAUAUCCUACCUUCCUAAUGUCUCAAAUACAACAGUGGCUUACCUAUUGUGUGAAAUAUAUUGUUUUGUUGAAGUAUUAAUGUUAAUAAUGUGAUAGGAUGAACUGGACGAACGGUUGGAACCAACAAAUAAAACUCCUAUAAUUAUGAGAGAAGAAAAGCCACCCUUACCACCACCUGAAUAUCAAAGAUCACCACCAAUGGCCACUACAGCUCUGUUGGCUGACACUGAAGAUUCACCCUAUCAACCUCCUCCACCGCCGUUUUCAAAUGUUGGUUCUAAUCACAGAUCAAAACCGACUUCAACUCCAUCAUAUCGCAAACCUCCACCAUACGUUCCUCCUUAACAAGUCUGAUUUUAAAUUAGUUUUUAAAUUGGUGUCUUGUACAUCAAUUUGACUGAUCAUUUCCUUUUAGUCAUUAUUGAAACUUUUUGAUCAAGUUUCCAGAUAUUACUAUUGUUUAAAUAUUGAUUAACAAAAUUAAAGUAGUGUUUGUAAUAUCAUUACUAUUAUUUUAUAUUUAUAUUGAUGUCAACUAUCAUGUCUUAGAAAAUAAAAAUAACUUUUGUUUUUAAUCAGUAUUUUUUGUCUAAUAAUUUGCUUUUUUUAUAAUAUUUUGUAAUAUAAAACUGUAAAAAAGCGUUCCCCCCUUUCCCUGUUAUUAAUAAUUUACCUUAGCCCCUUGCUUAAAAAAUUAUUCACUAAUACUAACACUUAUUGUAAAUAUAUAUGGUUUUGUAUCAUUAUCAUAGUUACGUUUUUUUAUACAUUAUUUUAUUAUGCAAAACGGUUUAUUAUUUACAUAAUUCAUUAAUUAAUGACUGUUCUAUGACGAAAAAGAACAAUAUAUAUUAUUUUUACAGAAAUAUUUCUGCAUCGCUUAACUUUUGUUAUAACUAGAAUAAAUUGACAGGUUAAAUAUUAGGAAAAAUUAUUUUGUUUUAAAUUAGUUUUAUGGGAAUUAUUUUCAGUAGAUUAUAUCAAAAAAAAUUGUAUAUAUUUUAUAAAAUAGGUAUUUAUAUAUGUUAAGUUAUUAUUUAAACGCAUAUUAUUAAUGUAAGUUUUUUUCUUAUAGCAGCAAUUUAGUUUAUUAGCUUUAUUAAUUAUUAUAUUGACUUUUUUUUAAUAACAUAUAACUGGUACUUAUACCUAGCAAUUAAUAGUAUACCAGAUUUAACAAAAUCAUAAAUGUUAAUAGCAUUUUCGAUAUAGUAUAUAUGCAUCAAGUUUGCACUUGUAUUCCCUAAGUGUAGUAUUGUAUAAUUAUUGAAAGUAUACAAUAUAAUAUUUUCAGAAAAUAUCAUUUUGUGUUUAACUGAGUUAUAAAUGUGAAGUAUUAUCAACAUUUUAAUACAAAUAAAAAGAAAAAUGUUUGUACUUAUUUUUCUGUGUUUAAUUUGUUUAUUUGGUUAGCUAUUGUCAAUGCAAACCAUGAUUGAA